AUGAGCUCCAAAUUUACACAAGUUUUCAACACUUUGGCUCCGGAGGCCCAGCAGUUGUUAGUGGAGAAACAUUUAGCUGGAUUGUUGGAUGUAAUGCCGAAGAGCAGAAGGAAAGAAGUGAUAUCCGCCGCGACGCGUCUUCAGACCAGAUACAAGAAUGCACCGAAGCUCGAUCUUCGAGGGAAGAGAAAACAGAUUAACGAUUUGCUCGACGAUCUAGGACGAGACGCGAAGGUCUCCUUUAUCAAAGAGCGGAGCAAUCGUGAAGAGCUGCUGUCAGAGCUUGUCGAUAGCCUUGUCAGCUGGCUCAACGACAUAUGGAUCUCCGUCUACGAAUACAACGUCAACUUUCUCGUCGCUCACAGUUGUCUUCUUUUUGUGGCGGAUGCAUUAGCUCAACUUGCGGACAGUUCGACUCUUGGGGGAUGCAAAUGCUCCGUCAUGAAUCUUCCCGUGGAAUUCGCAUUGAAGGACAAGCACGGAAAAAUAGUGAAACAAUUUGCUGUCAUGGGUCCUCAAAACAUCAACCGCGUCCUUCUCUGGAUUUGGCGUGAUUUGUUCGUGUGCUUGUUCGCAAAGGGUUCUCAACGAGAUAGGGGUAAGGUCCCUGACUGUCUGGAAGACAUCCAGUCUAUCCUUGGUGACAAUGCAUUGCAGAGGCUCUUGUAUGGAGGGAAGCCAGCGCAUGACGAUGAUGAGGACGAGGACGAGGACGAAGAGGGUUCAGAAGACGAAGAGGACUUCGAUGAUGACCUCUUCGGAGACUAUUCUUGCGUCGACGAUGACUCUGAAUACGACAGCGACGAAAAUGAACGGUGUUCAUGCAACUUUCACGCAAGUUACUGGCCAGAGAGUCUGAACCGACAGCGAAUACCUCUCAGAGACUGUAUCGAGACGCAUUUGUUUACUAUUUUCCGCCAAUCACCCUCCGUACGCCUCCACCAUACUCUUCUAGCCAUCAGUGGUAAUUUGCAAGCCACUGAAGCGCGCAUCUCAACCCUCCUGUCCGAUAUCGCAGGCGAUAGCCCUGAUACCCUUAUCGCCGCCCUCGAUAUCCACUUAUCCAAUGGCGACCUAUCGAAGAUUUCGUCUCUUCUUGAAUCCUAUAUGUAUCUCAUUCGACCGCGGGAUUCUGUUACCCUGCAGUAUGCUGUUGCGACGCUAGACGGCACAUCAUAUUCCAGGCAGGCUCUCAGAAUACUGGAGAAGGAGCUGCAAGACUCUCUCAAUGCGAUCCAUUCCAACAUCCGUUCGUGUUUCGCGCAUAUCGAGGAAGAGCCGAACAAGAAGGAACUCGCUGAAAUACUGAAUCUGCGCGCUGGGACACCUGCGAGGAAAACCCGUAUCGAGCACUGGGUUGAACAGGUAUUGACAACGUCCAGCGGGCCAAUGCACCCACUGGCAUUCACAGCAAUGAUGAUGGGUCUUCCUAUGCUGCCAGGGGUGGAUGAGGGUGAUGAUGCGGAUAUUCUCAACUACGUCGACCUGGACCAGAACGACCCAGACUUAGAUGAUCUCAGAGAGGAGUUCCGACCAAACUUGAAAUUGAGGUUUGAUGGGUGGGUGCACUUGGGCGAGACAAUGAAGGGUGGUUCCCCUAUUCUUGCGAGGCUUUAUGCGAACGCGAUCGAGAAGAUGCCUUACUUGCGAGGUAACGACAUUAUAAGCGAGAUGGUCAGCCGACUAAGGGAUCGACCCAACAAGAAUCACAUCCUGGAGGCUCUGAGCAACCUUUCGUCUUUUACGAAACGCCAACCAAACUCGCACCAGUACAUCUUCAAGUACUCCGAUGUUCGUACCCGGACCAGCCCCAACAUCGACAGCGUCAACUCCUUCUCCGCAGGUUAUACCAAUAGCGUCUUUCUCGUUUGGACCACCGCCCCUAGCCAUGGGCCGCCGACCCCGCUACCUUUCCCGUUCCCACCUGUGCCAGGCGGCAUGGAGGAUGUCGACUGA